GCGCGAUAUUAGAAAAAAAAUUUUUUUAUUAGUAUUUCUUUUUCUUUAUUUUUUCUUACAGUUUAUCAUGACAGUACAAGUUGAAGAAGACAGCCAAUCCUUGGCAUCACCCACGCCUCCAUGGACAGACGACGACAAAGAAGAAGAAGAGAAUAGUUUGGGAACUACAGUCUGUGCCAAUUGUGAGACGACAACAACACCCUUAUGGAGAAGAGAUGCAAAUGGCAAAACCAUUUGUAAUGCAUGUGGGCUUUAUUAUAAAUUACAUCUUGUCCAUAGACCUGCUACUAUGAUGAGAACUGUAAUUAAGCGAAGAAAGAGAUGCUCAGCAAAUGAAAAGGCUCAGCCGAUAGAAGAAGUAGAAAGAAAAGCUUCAUUGUCUCCUGUUGAAAAACCACUUUCACCUAAAGAUGUGAUUGUGUUGCCUCCAUUGUGUCCUACACUUGAUGUUCAUGUCUGCCAGAAUACAAUCGAAGCACAAAGAGAAUAUCGCAAGAGUUUACAGCGAGAAGUGACUCGAUUAAGUGCACUCUUAUCAGAUACGGUUGCUAUGUUACAGACAGUAGAUCAAGCCAUUGCCAAUCCUAUUCCACCCGACCAAGUCUGUCAAAAGUGCCAUGAAUCUAAUUUGCCUCCAGAACAUCAAGUGGCUCGAUCCUUAUUAUCCUUGGCUCGUUCACCGCCUAUAUCCAAGACUUCUGAUCCAUUUCCUAGUCAUCGCUUACCACCCAUUUCUUUCUCUUCUACACCUAGAACAUUGCCGCCUGUUUCCACUGUUUUACCUUGAGCAUUUUAUCUCUUAUUCAUCUCUCAUGCAUUUGUACUCUUUAUCAAAAAAAAACAAUAAUAAUACGAUUCAUUUUCAAAUAAACUUUCCCUUCUUCAUUCUUAUCAUAAUGAA